AUGUAUGUGAAAUGGUUUGAUACAAUAAUGUUUUACUAUGUGAUUUUAGUGUAUUUAGUGAAUGUCACAAUAUGUCAUUUUCAAAUUUCCCACCGUUCCGUCGCCCGUAUGUCCCGACGCUCGCAGGGAACGGAACCCAGAUGACAGAUGCCGACAUCCGCCGGAGAACAUUACAGGGGACACUGCAGGAGGGACAUCGCGGGAGCGCAGGACAAGGUAAGUGACUGAGGGAUCCCGGAGCAGCGCCGCAUGGUAAGCCCGAGUGUAGGUCGGGGUUACCGCUUUUGCUACACUCGGGAAUACCGCCAGGGGGAUUA